AGGAGGCAGCACAAUACACUAGUGUCCAGCGAUUAGCCAUCACAAUAUUUAAAAAUAUACUUAGUCUUUUUAUUCAUUUUUAAAAUAUAAUUGUUUUUUAUUUCAGCACAAUAAUGGAAUAGAUAGACGUUGAUUGAUAAUAAAACCAGCGAAUGGAUUACUUGGACGUAGUUUUAAAAAUAAAUAAAAAAAAUUAUGAAUAUAUGUGAUGGUAACACGACAGCCAGAAGAGUUUAGAAGGAAUAACGAUCAACAGAUCGGAUGGAUUGAUAAUCAGAAUCAAAAUAACAACAAUGUGAAGGAAAACGAGCGGCGCUGUGGGAAUAAUGACAAAUUUAACAUCAGGAGUGAGAGCGUUGUUGUUAUUGAAGACAAUGACCUUGACAUUGAUGUCGAGAAUGGUGAUGAUAAUAAUAUAAAUUUAAAUAUUGAAACAACGCGGCCAUCUUAUCGUUGUUCUAGCACUGGCGAGUCUUCCAAUGAGUCUAGUUUAAAUAGCAAUUACAGUGAUUCUAAUGAUAAUGAUAAUGAUAAUGAUAAUGAUAAUGAUAAAUCUUCAAAUCAGUCUAGUUUUAAUAACGAUCAUGCGAUCAAUAUCGACAAGUAUGACGAUCGGAUUUUUUAUGAUGAUGAAGACUAUGAAGAGAGUGGAGAUCAGGAUAAGGAAGAAGACGAUGUCGAAGAAGCUGAGAAAGCUAUCGGCGAAAUGGGAGGCUGGGCGGAUCUCAAAGGAGCCCAGAUGCAAAAAAUCCAGCAUGAAACGAUAACCGGUCAUGUGUUACCUACUUUGGACACUACGGCUUUUGGUGAUAUUUGUAUUAAAGGCUCCAGUAAUGUUCGAGUGGGUAACACUACGCUUUAUAAAGGUCCUGUUACUAUCAAACAAUUUUUAUAUACUAAUUCUGGUGAUGGUAAUGGUCAGCCGAAAGAUUUUAUUAACAACCAAACUUCGGAUGCUAAUAUUUUGACUACAGAUGGAAGUACACUUCCGAUAAUUCCUGUACAGCAAGAAAAUUUGAUAGUAAGAAAAUUAUUGUGGACUUGGAGAUGUACUGCUCUAUUUAGUUUUAUAACAUUAAUUGCGGUCUUGAUAAUUGUCGUUGUAUCAUUGAAGCUCACUGAAAAACUAGACGACUACCCUUCUUAUAAACCAGCCAUUGAUCCUGAUGGUAAAUAAAAUAUAAAAUAGAAAUAGAUCUUUUAUUUAUGAUACUGAAGUUAGCUGACAAAUUUUAAUUUAUUAAAUUUUUAUAAAAAAUCAAUUACAAUAAAAAAAUCUGGAAAUCGUUUGACCGCGCAGUCCAACCCAGAACUUCCCGCUAAGUUUGAAUUUGAAGCGCCUUAAGGGGGUCUUCUACUCUAGAGGCUCGAAUUUCGAGCGUUUUUCGGCAGUCGAU